AGCGGAGCCCCAUCUAGAGACUGAAACUGAGUUGGCUUCCCAGAAGCCUUUGCGUCAUUAGCUACGAUCGCAGAAUCACAAUGGCGGACACUUCGGUGGAUAUCGUCGAGGGCUGUCGACUUCCCGUCCUGCGAAAAAAUCAGGAAAACGAAGACGAGUGGCCCUUGGCUGAAAUUCUCAGUGUUAAAGAUAUCCCUGGGAAAAAGGUCUACUAUGUGCACUACAUCGACUUCAAUAAGCGUCUGGAUGAAUGGGUCACACCAGAGCGACUGGAUUUGAAGAAGCUUCAAUUCCCUAAGAAGGAGGCCAAGACACCCACUAAAAAUGGGCUCUCUGGAUCUCGGCCGAGUUCCCCGGAGAGAGACGUGGUAAGACCUGCCAGGCCUGGGCCCCAUCCUCCAGCUACUCUCCCACCUGUGACUCCAGCUCCUCUUCACCAAACUACACAAACUCAACCACAGAGGAAGAUUCUAGAAAGCAACGCUCAACCCGCCGCAGCUCCUUCCAGAGGCAAAACCCUCCCUACACCGAAGAGAAAAGCAGAGCCGGUCUCUUUGACAUCACAGCCAUCCCCGGCAACACCAAGUUCCACAGAGACCCCUCAGACCUACCCACCCGCAAGAGAAGCCUUCACCCCUAAAUCGAAUAACCGGGAGGAGCACGAACCACUCACUACAAAUGGAACAACCCGUCGUCUCAUCCCAUCGCAGCCCGGGAGGAAGAGGAAGGCCAACUGUGGGGGCACGGAUGAGAUUAUAAAGGUUUUCCAGUAUAACAGCCCUCGAUGCCCCAGUGCCUAUCUACCAUCAGGAGAGGACUCUCAGGACAGCACGGAUGGCAUCCCGACCGCACCCCGCAUGACCGGCAGUCUGGUGUCGGACCGCAGUCACGACGACAUAGUCACGCGCAUGAAGAACAUCGACUGCAUCGAACUCGGCCGGCACCGGCUCAAGCCCUGGUACUUCUCGCCCUACCCGCAGGAGCUCACCGCCCUCCCAAUCCUCUACCUCUGCGAGUUCUGCCUCAAGUACCUCAAGAGCCUUAAGUGUCUCCAAAGACACCUGACAAAAUGCAACCUUCGCCAUCCACCAGGAAAUGAGAUCUACCGUAAAGGGACCAUCUCCUUCUUUGAAAUUGAUGGCAGGAAAAACAAGACAUACUCCCAGAACCUGUGUUUGCUUGCCAAGUGCUUCCUGGACCACAAAACCCUCUACUAUGACACUGACCCAUUCCUCUUCUAUGUAAUGACCGAAUAUGACUCCAAAGGAUUCCACAUAGUGGGGUAUUUUUCCAAGGAGAAAGAGUCGACAGAAGAUUACAACGUGGCAUGUAUUCUGACGUUACCGCCAUACCAGAGGAGAGGCUAUGGGAAACUGCUCAUAGAGUUCAGCUAUGAGUUGUCAAAGGUGGAAGGGAAGACUGGCACCCCAGAGAAGCCCCUGUCUGACCUGGGCCUGCUGUCCUACCGCUCCUACUGGUCUCAGACCAUCCUGGAGAUACUCAUGGACCUCAAGUCGGAAAACGGGGAGAGGCCCCAGAUCACCAUCAAUGAGAUCAGUGAAAUAACCAGCGUUAAGAAGGAGGACGUCAUAUCAACCCUUCAAUACCUCAAUCUCAUCAAUUACUACAAGGGCCAGUACAUCCUGACUCUGUCUGAGGACAUCGUGGACGGCCACGAGAGAGCCAUGCAGAAGCGCCACCUGCGCAUCGACCCCAAAUGCCUACAUUUCACCCCCAAGGACUGGAGCAAGAGAGGGAAGUGGUGACGCGCACGCCACGAGCACAAACGGCCGCAUUAUCCAAAUAGAUUACCUUUUUAUUUCACUCGCGUUGGUCCUCCACCGUUGUGGAUUGUCGUUUGUACAAGAGAUAUCACAUAUCCACCAGACCAUGACUAAAAACAUUCGUUAGUGUUCAGAGGUAUUCGUACAUCUAAAUAGUUUCUUUGUAAAGGAUUUUUGAAUAACUUUGUGUUGAACAAAACAGUGGCAGUUUCCUCUUUUAAAAAGCCAUGAUAUACUGUUACAAGAAUGUAAAUUUGGUACUUGUACAGAUGUUUGUCUUUUUUAUCUGAAUGUAAACUAUGGUAAUACACUGGCACAAUGGGCGUGCCAAUUUUAAAUUAGACCAUUUUCUGUAAAACUGUGUGUAUUAAUCUUUAUAGUUGUAAAUGUGAACUAGGAACAGAAUCAUGUUUUCACCCUAAUAAAUGUAUAGUCAUUCAAAUGUUA